AUGCUUGGAUGGAGUGAGGACACCACUCGUAAACCCGGUUCUGUUGUGAGGGAAUCUAAGCCAAAAAACACGAAUACGCAAGAGCCCUCUAGACUUGGAUUCAGUCUCGAACAUACAGCUGCAAAAAACGCCAUCAAUUUUAAUUCCUUCAAUGGAUCCAUCCUUUGGAAGAAAUGUAAAAGUUCUGUUGCUCAGUCGGGAGAUGAAUGUUGCAAGAGAAGUUGGGUUUUCUAUCAAUCACCGUUGGACGAGAGCAUCACAAUCGGUCGGGUAGCUGAAAUUCUUACAGAUGAGACCAUGCACAUCAUUGUUAUCGAAGAGUUCCAAAUCGCUCCAAAUAGAGAUGCCUUCUUUGAGCUGCCAUAUGUCUACCGAAGGCAGGGUGAAGAGAGCUGCAUCAUUGUUCUGAGUCAGAAUAUUUUGUUUAGACAGAAUGUCCAGCACGACUGCCGGAAAAGUAAAUGUGAAGGUACGGGAGUGCGGGCACGGCAACAGGAGCGACAGGAGAGCAAUCGGAUCAUACAGUUCAUUGAGCACAAGUCUGACGAUCAUUUCCUCAUCAACCUCUAUGCAUUCCACAAUGCCCAUCUUGUCCGGCGAAUUCUUCCUCGAGGGUUGACAGCACCGUCACUUUUCUUCCCGGAUCGCAUCAAUCAACACGACAAGGUUGCUGAGGGACUUCGAGUCAAGCUAACCAGGAGGAAAGAUGAGAUUCAACGAAGAUGCACAGAAAAGCGAAAACAGCAGGCCAACGAUGGCAUCGGAGGAGCUAAACGGUCCCGAGCAAACUAG